GGAUUGUGCGACUCGGAAGAGUUUGUGAUUGUUCGAUGUGUGAACGCGAUGACUGAGCUCACCUCGCUCGGCAUGCUCGAGAAGAUCUCGUUGCAUUCCCUAUUGAAAGAGACAGUGCCUUAUCUAAUCCAUCCGAAUCUAUGGAUCCGACAAGCCACUUGCGACUUCAUCUCUUCAGCUGCCAAGCAAAUGUCCGAAGUUGAUGUUUUAGUCAAAUUGGGCCGAAUCUUGGAGCCCUUUGUCCGGGAAGAAGUGAUUCAAGUUCAAACCCCGGCCAUUGUAUUCUCGAAGCUUCACGAGCAUCUCCCUCGGAAUCUGUUCGAAUUGGUACUGAAAAGUGGCGAUAUCGAUGGAUUGCUCUCCAUCCUGGAGACCAGACGUACCAAACGGGCCCUGAGCAGUUUCCAUUUAGGACUAUCCUCGGGAAUGAAUCCGGUCCUGCAUGCCGAGGUGCCCACACCCAUGCAACAGCUUCUAAAACGAUUGCAAAAUGAAGGAAUGUCCCCGGAGGUGGAAGAUCAGCUCUUGAUGUACCGCGAGCACCUGAUCAAGAUGGCCCAGAAUCGCGCCAACUUCAAGCCCAAAAAGUUCGACGGCAUGGUCGACUUGAGUCGACACAUGGCCAAGUACAGCCUCGAACUCCGAGUGGAGCUUCUGAACAUAGAUCCUAGAGCCAACCUGAUCAGACCCAUUCCCGAGCAUCAGCACAUUCCACCUGUGAAUGAGGAAUGGCAGCAACUUUUCGGUCCCGAGGCCUCUCCUGGAUCUGACUUCGCCUCUGAAGCGCAAUCGGGACUUGAUGGAGCGGGUUCCAAUCGAUCAGUGGGACGCUCCGUAAGUCCAGCUCAUUCAGGAGCCACGACCUCUCCCCGAAGAAGUCGAACCCCGCAGCCCUCGUCAAUUGAGAAAUCCUACGAGCCAUCAGUGCAAUGGGAGACCAAUCGAAACGCAAUUCCAGAUCAAGAUCCUGGGUUCUACCCCCAAUGCAAGGUUACGUUGGAUCACUUGCUCCGGACGAAACGAGGCGAAUACGCACUUCAUGCCAAGAAACGUGCCCAAUUAGGUUAUGGAAAUGACUGUGAUAAAACGAUGCCCUCUUGUGAUUGGAGGCUCCAAGGAAACCUCCUGACUCAUUUGCACGAGCACGAAUUGGGGAUCGUUCAACUGGCCAGGAUUCCAGAUAGGCCGAUCUUUGUCAGCGCAUCAUUGGACGGCACCGUUAGGCUAUGGGAUAUCUCGAAUUUUGAAUCGAGUAACGUGGUGGAUCGCUCACAUAAGCAAUACCGCAAAUACGAAGGUUGUCCAUUGACAUCCCUGGAUAUUUCUGGAGCUGGCGAUCUUAUGGCUACCUCGGCGGAAAAUGGUUCGAUUUGUGUCCAAAGGACAAGGACAAGAAAGGAGGGCAAAGUAUUUCUGACCGACAGGAAAUGAAACGCCAAGCAAACA